AUGGCCACGAUAUCGAUAUCCUGCCUCUCAGGGUGUGCGACGAUCCCUGGCCUCCAGAGCCGCCCUCGGGUCCAGGUCAUCCCUACGACAAGGAGGGAAAGGCAGAAGGGCUCCUUGCACUGGCGAUCCCACCAAGCCAAAUCUAUGUGGAUUGCAGGGGAAAGGAUGCGCGCUGGAUCGCUGCCAGAAUCGCGGAGAAGCUGUGCCAAAAGCCUGCAGAGGAAGCCAAAGCCACCGGUGCAAAGGAAGCAGCGCCAGGGUGCAGAUGCUGGCGGCGCCUCGUCAUCGACCCUUGCCGGGCCCAUCGCCACAGCACUGCGAAAAGGCAAGACCGGCGGCAAGGACUCUGCGGCAUCUACUGCGGAUGCAGCGGCCACAGCAGAGCCGAAGGCUGCAGGCUUUCUCCCGUCACCACCUACCGCAGCAUCCACUGGGCCGGAAGCCAAGGGUGCGCAUCCUGGCGCCUCGUCAUCGACCCCGCAAGGGCCCAUCGCCGCAGCGCUGCCGAAAGGCAUGGCCGGCAGCAAGGACCUUGCGGCGUCUGUUGCGGAUGCAGCAGCAACAGCAGAACCGAAGGCCCAGGGCUCCGGUGAAGAAGCCAAGGCCCUGGUCCCGAGCGCUUCGCCCAGCCCCGCAGAUGUCAAAGAAGCCGAGGCAUUCUGGGACCUGGGCCGAAAAGGCGGGGGCGAGCGCAACGGCCAGAGCUACUCAAAGAAGGCCUGCUUUCUCAAGGUCUUGGAGCUCAACGAGAACUAUGCGAAUGCGUGGUGCAGCCUCGGUGCCUGCUGCGGUGGAACCGUGAAGGGCCAGGUUUAUGACGCAAAGGCCUGCUACGUGAAGGCAGUGGAGGUGGAUGAGAACGAUGCGAUUGCAUGGUGCAACCUGGGUCUCAAAGGCGGUGGAGCCGUGAAGGGCCAGGCUUAUGACGACAAGGCCUGCUACGUGAAGACGCUGGAGCUCGAUGAGACCUAUGCGCUUGCGUGGUGCAACCUGGGUCUCAAAGGCGGUGGAGCCGUGAAGGGCCAGUCUUAUGACGCAAAGGACUGCUUCGUGAGGGUUCUGGAGUUGAACGAAAACGAUGCCGAUGCCUGGCGAAAGCUGGGUGACGCUGGCGGGGGGACCGUGCGCGGCACCCACUACGGCCCAGACGAUUGCAAAGCCAAAGCCCAAGGGAAGUAA